UGGCAGUGAAGGUUCGGAAAGCCGUUCGAGAUCCAAUGCUAAGUGCUAACACUACCGUCCCGCUCCUUCAAUCCUUCUUUCCAAAUUCCAAUUCCCAUCUCUCUCUCUCUAGCUUUGCUCGUUCCCAGUUCCCAUUUCCUUACUUAGCUCCUUCAAUCGGUUAAUCCCAAAUCCAAUCCUGCGAAUCUUCCCCCCUUCCGGUCCUCAACUCGACAUUCUGGCCUGAACCCUAGAAAUUCGCCCCCUCUGAGCUAAACCGGCCGUCGGGAUAAACCAGGUCAACAGAUGGGAGGCGAAACGCUGGCGAUGAGAUCUCCGUUGGGAAGCACGGCGAGAAAACGGCUCGCCGACAUUUCCAACCUUCCACCGCCACCCGAAUUGGCUGUUCUGAAGCCGAACUCCAGCGGAGUCCACAACCCCUCCGGAGACCUAUUCAAUCGCCUUCUUCAGUCGGAAAAGGAGAAAGCUGCACUGUUGCAACUCGUCGAGGAGAGAGAUAAAAUGUUGGUGUUAAGGGAAAAGGAUUUCUCCGCACUGUUGCAACUCGUCGAUGAGAGAGAUAAAAUGUUGGCGUUAAGGGCAACGGAGAUGCAGAAUCUGCACCGUGGAUACCAGACAGUGCUCCUGCAGAAUCGAAGUCUUGCUCAAUCCAACAGCCAAAUGUCCGCUGAGGUUAACACAGCAAGAGAUCGGGUAAGUUCUGCUUCUGUGAUCUCGAGGGGAUGGUCUUGUAGACUGAGGGUAUUACAGCAUGAAGUUGCCUGCAAGGAUGCCUUGCUUAAAGCAAGAAGUUCAGAACUUGAGGGAAAGCCAGUUACAGAACAUCAAGAUGCUGUCCCCCAGGUAAGGGAAGAGGUAAUCGCAGAACGUUUACAGAAAGCCAACAAUGGCAAGAAACCGUGUAACCGUGGCAGAGUGCGAGCCACCAGAAGUCAAUCACUGGGCCCAUCUACAAGUCAAGUUGAAGUAGAAAAAGAGAAGGCCGAAACCAAAAGGCAAUGCUUGAGAAGGCAGUCUGCACGUUUCAAGUCCCCAGAGAGAGAGCCACCAGCAGAGGAAUUGUUUGAGAUAGAAGAUACUAAAUCUGCAGUAUCCCCGUCAUCAAGGAUGCAGGAAGAUACUUCUGAACCAGGAAGUGAAGCUCUAGUAGAUGCAGCAGCAUCACAUCGAUCUUCGAUUGGACGGCCUGUUCGAAGAGCUGCUGUUAAGGUACAGUCCUACAAAGAACCUUCACUUACACAGAAAAUGCGCAGGCCAGAAUGAGGAUGAACGAUAAUGGUCUGCUGCAGAAAGAAUUGGAGGGUUGUUGUAGAGUAUGCUUUAUUAGCUUCACAAACUAGUUUAUGUGUGACAUGACAUUCCAACGCAAGCAUUUUGUUGCGACUGAUCUAUGAUUAUAGUCUACUUGUCUGUGUUUUCAGUUUUCACCCUCUAUAUUCUAGGAUUGGCUACUGGUAUGUAAACUAUGUUCAUUUGUAGACUAGGUUUUGGAGUUGUAAUCAUUCUCAUCCUUAUGCUCGAUGGGGAAUGAUGAUAUAUUAAGAAUUUGGUAGAUCCUUAAAAGUAGAUGGAAUAGAUCGUUGGUGAUGUGUUGUGGAGAACAUAUUGUUCGAAUGUUUUUUAUUUUGAAUAAGGUGUGCCAGAAAUCUAAGUUAGGAGGCUAAAAAUUCGAAAUUUAAGAAAUUUG